CUAACUAAAAGUUAAUUUCCUGUAAUUUUUCUGAAUUAAAAUCAGUCGAAUUUGAUUGAGAUUUCCAUUUGACAUAGGAUGGGGCCACCAUUUCAUUUGCAACAAGAAGUAUCAUUUCGUAUUACCCUCGAAGGAGGCAUUGGCUACAUGCUCGAGCUGUGAAGGGUGCUGUGAUGCUAUUGCCACAAUGAACAACAACAACAACAACAAUAAUAAUAAUGGUAAGUCCAAAUUAAUAGAAUUACAGGGCCAUAUGAUGCAUGGUGUUUUUCACUCUAAUGGAUUCGGCCAUUUGCUAUGUGUCAAUGGCUUGGAAACCGGUUCCAAUUUGGCUGGCAACCAGAUCAUGGACUUUUGGAAUCGUUUGUGCAUUGGAUUGCAAGCAAGGAAAGUGAGUUUGAAUGACACUGCACAGAAAAGAGGCAUGGAACUUAGACUUAUAAAUGGAAUAGCAUAUAGUGAGCCAUGGUUUGGUCGCUGGGGCUACAAAUUUGGAAGAGGUUCCUUUGGUGUGACACAAUCCAUGUACCAAAAAGCCAUAGAAGCAAUAAGGAGCAUGCCACUCUACUUGCUCAUACACCACAUUGGCGCCAACAAUUUCAACCACCACGAAGUGCCCGUCAUUUUCUCACGCUACCAAACCCUGUCCGGCCAAUCGCUAGUCACACUCGGCGACUUAUUUCGCUACAUGCUCGAGCUAAAGUCGCGCCUCCCGCGGGAGACGCGAGUUAUUGGUAACAAUAAUUAUACUUGUUCCUACAACAACACUAGUAGUACUAGUGCCAGUGCAUUGGUUGAGUCCAAUAAUAAUUGCCGUUGGUCACCUAAGAGGAUUGAAAUGGCAACAAGGGUAAUUGUUGAGGCAUUGAAGAGAACAGAGUUUAGAUGGAUUUCAAGACAAGAAGUUAGGGAUGCCGCACGUGCUUACAUUGGUGACACUGGUUUAUUGGAUUUUGUGCUAAAGUCACUAGGGAAUCAUGUUGUUGGGAACUACUUGGUACGUAGGAGCUUAAAUCCUGUUACCAAAGUUUUGGAGUAUUGCUUAGAAGACAUUUCCAAUCAUGUUUACCAUAAUUGCAAUGAAGGUAGUUUGGCCAUCAAUAAUAGUAAUAGUAACAAUAAUAAUAAAAUUAAGGAUAAGUACAAGAUUUCAAGGGCUCAACUUAUGAAGGACAUGCUUUAUUUGUAUAAGUACAUCCUAAUUGACCCUAAACCAAUGAUGGGGUUGGAGUUUCUCUCAGCCAUACCGUUGGCGGCUAGGAUAAUUCUCGACACCAAGUUUCUCGUCAAAGACUACUCUGGCGAGGUUCCCACUUUUGGAGUUGAGUUAGGCUCGGAUGGAAAACUGAACCUUUAUUGCACAAUUUUGUUGAGGAACAAUUCAUGCAUUGAUGAGGAGUUCUUGAGUAAGGCUAUGCCACCCUAUGAGUGCAUCACUUUGGGUAGCAAUGCUACAAUCAAUGAAUUGAAGUUAGAAGUUGAGAGGAAUUUUAGGGAAAUUUAUUGGGGAUUAAGGGGAUUUGUGGUAGAAUCAAUUGGGAAUUUUAGUGCCAAUAAUAUUAUUAGUAAUAAUGGGAAAGAUAUGGUUUUGGGGCUAAUUGAAGUGAUGGGUGGGAAAAUAGUGUUAGAGGGUUGGAUUGGUGAAAUAAUUGGAAUGAUGAAUAACAACAUGAUGAUUGGCCAAAUGUGUGAGAAUGAUCCAAAGAAUGGGAUUGUGGAGUGCACUUGUGGAACAAAAGAAGAUGAUGGAGAGAGGUUGGUGUGUUGUGAUAUUUGUGAAACUUGGCAGCAUACAAGGUGUGUUCGAAUUCCAAAUGAUGAAGAAAUUCCUCACAUUUUUCUUUGCAAAAGGUGUGAGCAAGAAAUUGUUAUGUUCCCUUCAUUGCCAUAAUAUAAAAAUAUAUAUACUCUGAUGUAGUCAAUAUUUAAUGUUUCUUUUGUUGAUGUUUAUUAUUAUUUGCUCAUCAUUUUCUCUUGUUCUUUAUUCUAUGAAUGAAUCUUAUUUCUUUUAUUUGUAGAUUCUUAUGCCGCUUUAGGUCCAAGGAU